CUCCAACACCUGCCCUCCCGUGACACCUCGGCGCUGAACCGUAGGAAAACUGUAUGAUUACACACGAGACUUCUACCGUCACCUGGGCAUAACGGGGCACGCAACCUGACUCUGCGUGUGCCUUUUUAUGAAGUUGUUACCGUUACAUUCAGAAACAUUUUUUACCAGGAAGUAUUUACCUGGAUAACAUGCACGCUUGAAGAACUAAGCUAACUUCAAAGUAGCAUGACUUUCGUUCAGGUUGGACUAUUUUAUGCGAAGUUCAAGAUGCUCAUUUGAAAACGUGGACUGAAUGGACCUAAAAUAUCCGGUAAUGGCGUAUCGAUAAUGACGACCCGUCCUAUCCUGUAACAGAAGUGGUCAACUACGUUGUAAUUGGAUGCAUUUUUAUUUGUGUGGGGGAAAUGAUCUAGCACAGCCUUCGGUACUUUCACCCCGAUCGUCAUGAACUCUGAAAAGCCCCGUUUUCUAUCGCAACCUGUCGUGAAGAACAUAUUCGUGUAUCGAAAUGGAGAUCCGUUUUACGAGGCUCGCCGAUUAGUGGUAAACCAAAAGAGAGUGUCCAAUUUUGAUACUUUUCUUCGAGAUGUGACGGGGGGUGUGCAGGCUCCGUUUGGAGCGGUUCGGAACAUCUACACCCCUAGAAUGGGCCAUCGGGUGGCCUGCCUGGACCAUCUACAGAGCGGGGAACAAUAUGUCGCUGCGGGGAGAGAGAAAUUCAAGAAAUUGGAUUAUUCACAGAUAGGAUCCAGAAAGAAGAGGAUGCUCCUUACUUCUUCAGGGCAGCCUUAUCCACAGGCUAAACCGGUGCCCCAGAGUCGAAUCAUUGUAUCAGCAAGAUUCCUGAAACCCAUCAAAGAGCCCUGUUCCAUUUUCGUGGUAGUGAACGGUGAUGUGUUGACCCCAGCGUUAAGACUGCUGAUACCCCAACGGAUACUGGGCCAAUACGACAGGGUUCUGGAGAUGAUCACUGACAAAAUGGGUUGGAGAAUCCUGGGGUGUGUACGAAGCCUUUACACCUUUGAUGGUAAUCAUGUGAACGAUGGAAAGGACUUGGAGAGUGGGCAGUUUUACGUGGCUGUUGGGAGAGACAAGUUUAAAAGACUUCCCUACAGUGACCUUCUGUUCACCAAACCAAGGGGCAUACGAAGGACUACAGGAUCCAAAGCUUCCUCAUUACCGCCAAUAUACACAUCUGGAAAGCAGAACAGAAACAGUUUGACGGUGAACCACAGUAAGUCUAUGUGGCGGUGCAGAGAGCCAGCAGACGCCAAGAUAUCUGCGCAUGACACGGACCGCACGUCGUCCAUCGUCAGGCAGAUCUCCCAGCAGAGACUCAUGAUCCUCAGGAAGAGGAGGAGUGGUCUCAGUAUCUCCCUGGGAACACAGGACAACGACGGGGAGGUGCAGACUGAUGAAGGCCCUUUAGAGGAUGCAGACCAGUCUCCACAGAGUGACCUGACCUCUGAAGAGGUUAGACACACCUCUCCACAGAGUGACCUGACCUCUGAAGAGGUUAGACACACCUCUCCACAGAGUGACCAGACCUCUGAAGAGGUUAGACACACCUCUCCACAGAGUGACCUGACCUCUGAAGAGGUUAGACACACCCCUCCACAGAGUGACCUGACCUCUGAAGAGGUUAAUCACACCUCUCCACAGAGUGACCUGACCUCUGAAGAGGUUAAUCACACCUCUCCACAGAGUGACCUGACCUCUGAAGAGAAGCCAACGGGGGACAGUAAAUCUACUGACACAGAGGAGAGUCCAGAGGGAGAAAAAGGUGAAGAGGAGGAGACUGCAGUAGCUGAGAACUCCACCGAGGAACAAGGUGAUGACAAGGAAGAUGUUACUAAAACCACAGAGGAACAAGGUGAUAACAACGAAGAUAUUACUAAGAGGAUUACCACAGAGGAACAAGGUGAUAACAACGAAGAUAUUACUAAAACCACAGAGGAACAAGGUGAUAACAACGAAGAUGUUACUAAAACCACAGAGAAACAAGGUGAUAACAACGAAGAUAUUACUAAGACCACAGAGGAACAAGGUGAUAACAACGUAGAUAUUACUAAGACCACAGAGGAACAAGGUGAUAACAACGAAGAUAUUACUAAAACCACUGAGGAACAAGGUGAUAACAACGAAGAUAUUACUAAAACCACUGAGGAACAAGGUGAUGACAACGAAGAUAUUACUAAAACCACUGAGGAACAAGGUGAUAACAACGAAGAUAUUACUAAGACCACAGAGGAACAAGGUGAUAACAACAAAGAUAUUACUAAGACCACAGAGGAACAAGGUGAUAACAACGAAGAUAUUACUAAAACCACAGAGGAACAAGGUGAUAACAAGGAAGAUAUUACUAAAACCACAGAGGAGGACUCAGACAGUGUGGUUGGUGAGAAGAGCCUGGAGACCAAGCUACAGGGAAGUCUGGAGAACCUGGUCCUGAAGAAAUGAAGGCUGGAGAGGGGAAGGAGAGAGAGAGAGAAGGAG